AUGCACUGCCCCGAGCCCUCCCUUCGUUGUUCAUUCUACUAUAAAUCCAUGGCCUACUCAACACAGACUUCAUCUCAUCUGCAAGCAACAUCACAGUCUACAACACACCUUCAGACUUUCAGAGCCAAAGUGAAAUUUAGCCAGCCAGGAACACAUCAGACUAAAACCAUGAUCCAUCCAAAGAAGCUUGCUCAGCUGGCCAAGAAGUGCCAGCGGAUGUUGGCGGCCAGAACCAGUGCCCGCCGUCGGCAUGCCUCAGACACAGCCGCUGACGAGUGCUGCGGCACAGUAUCAUCUGUGGUUGCUGAUGAGGGCCACUGUGUGGUGUACACUGCCGACGGAACCCGGUUCGAGGUCCCUCUGGCGUACCUCAGGACGACGGUCUUCUCUGAGCUCCUGAGGAUGUCCGAGGAGGAGUUUGGCUUCGCGAAUGGCAGGAGCUCUCUGAAGAUCAUUGUGCCGAGGUAUGCCAAUGGCACCUCGAACCGCCUCUUGUCAGUUGUGUACAUGACACAGUGGUCCUUGCCUGCCACUGCCAUUGACCACCCCUCGGCUUCUUUUUUCGCCGUCAUGGUGGAAACCGGAGACUCAACUUGAGUUGCAAUGCUUUGUUUGUGGUGAAGCGAUGCUGUUUGGAGGUCACUGAACCAAGAUUUUGUAGCUAGAGCCGGAAGGGGAGUAGGACACUGUCAAGUGUCAUUGAUAUUUGGCAAG